AUGGAUACAAAUAUUUCAACGUCAACUAUAAAAAUCCAUAAUAAAUACUUUUGUAACAAAGAGUCACCUUAUUAUGAUCCAAAAAUUUGUAAGUUGCUGACUAAAAAUGCUGAACAAUAUAAAAUAAACAUUUCUCGGAGAGCAUUAACUAUUCUUCCAAGAGAUUUAUUCCAUGGCCUUGAAGAUCUUCAAGUUGAGGAAUUAGAUAUUGACGAUAACAAUCUGACUACACUGCCAAAAGAUAUAUUCAAUCCUCUUGAUGAUCUUCGUCGGUUACGAAUAAAUUCAAACGAACUAAAAUAUCUAGAGUCGAGUAUUUUCUAUGAGUUAUUACAACUUAAGGAACUUAAUCUUAGCAACAACAAACUGAUAACUUUAUCAAAAGAUAUAUUUAAUGGUCUACAAGAUCUACGUGUCCUACGCUUGAAUUCUAACCAACUGAGUUACCUUGAGCCAGGUAUUUUCGAUGAUUUAUUGAGCCUAGAAGAACUUAAUAUCAGUUAUAACAAUCUCAAAAUUUUAUCGAAAAAUAUAUUUAGCAAUUUAAAGAAGCUUCGCUUUUUAAAGUUAGAUGCAAACAAACUACAAAAUCUUGAGUCAGGUUGUUUCAAUGGUUCAUCACAACUUUAUUAUCUUGAUAUGAGCAACAACAGUCUUACAACAUUGUCCAAAGGUGUUUUCAAUGGUCUACAAAUACUGUAUGUAUUACAUUUAGGCUCAAACAAACUGAACAAUCUUGAGGCAGGUUGUUUCAAUGGUUUAUCACGACUUAAGAACCUUGAUUUGAGCAACAAAAGUCUUACAACAUUGUCCACAGGUGUUUUCAAUGGUCUUGAAAGUCUUCAGAAACUGGAUUUGCAUUCAAACAAACUACAAAAUCUCGAGUCAGGUUGUUUCAAUGGUUUAUCACGACUUAUCGACCUUGAUAUAAGCGACAACAGUCUGAUAAAUUUGUCUAGAGGUGUUUUCAAUGGUCUUGAAAGUCUUCAGAAACUAGAUUUACAUUCAAACACAUUGAUCAGUCUUGAGCUGGGUAUUUUUGAUAAUUUAUUACAACUUGAAGAACUUGAUCUCAGCAAAAACAAUCUCACAACUUUAUCGAAAAAUAUAUUUAGAAAUUUAACACAGCUUUGUCAUCUUAAUUUGUAUUCAAAUAAACUGACCAAUCUUGAAUCAGGUUGUUUUAAUGGUUUAUCACGACUUAAGUACCUUGAUUUGAGCAACAAAAGUCUUACAACAUUGUCCACAGGUGUUUUCAAUGGUCUUGAAAGUCUUCAGAAACUAGAUUUACAUUCAAACACAUUGAUCAGUCUUGAGCUGGGUAUUUUUGAUAAUUUAUUACAACUUGAAGAACUUGAUCUCAGCAAAAACAAUCUCACAACUUUAUCGAAAAAUAUAUUUAGAAAUUUAACACAGCUUCGUCAUCUUAAUUUGUAUUCAAAUAAACUGACCAAUCUUGAAUCAGGUUGUUUCAAUGGUUUAUCGCGAGUUGAAAAGCUUGAUAUGUGCAACAAUUGUCUGAUAAUAUUGUUCAAAGAUAUAUUCAAUGGUCUUGAUAAUCUUCAGGAGUUAAAUUUAAUUUCAAACAUAAUAAGCAAUCUUGAGUUAGGUGUUUUUUGUAAUUUGUCGAAACUUAAUUGGCUUUUCAUCAGCAAAAACAAUUUGACAAAAUUAUCAACAAACAUAUUUAAUGGUCUCAAGAAUCUUUUUUUCCUAGAUUUAGAAUCAAACAAACUAUGUUAUUUUGAGCCAGGUUGUUUUAAUAAUUUACCAAAACUCCGGUAUCUAUAUAUCGAAAGAAACAAAUUGACAAGUUUACCAAAAGAUAUAUUUGAUAAUUUGAAAGAGCUCGACUCCCUACAUUUAAAUUCGAAUGAACUACAAAAUCUCGAGUCAGGUUGUUUCAAUGGUUUAUCACAACUUGAGGUACUUAAUAUCAGCAAAAACAAAUUGACUAGUUUAUCAGAAGAUGUAUUUAAUGGUCUCUCAGAAUCUCUAUCAUUGCGAUUAAGAUCUAAGAUAACUCAUCGAUCUUGA